AUGGUGAGCUUCAGGCGGGUGGAUGCCCUCAGCGACCCCGAGGUUGAUCAAUCGUUUCAACCGAAAUGGUCCACGUUGAAGAGGAUGGCUGUCGCAGUGGCAACUGCUAUGGUCGUUUGUGUGGGCAUUCUUGCCUUGUCGACGAAUGGCUUCAGCCGCAACUGCAGCAACAUUGCAGCUUUGCAGGGGAAGUCCGCUUUGGAUCUUGAUUCAGCCAUCCGCUCUACCAGUGAAAAGCUGAUUCAGGCAGUGAAGAACAACCAAACCGUGGCUGAUGAGACUGUGAUGAAGGCCAUGGUGAAGGCAGGUCACAAGAUUCAGGACCACUGGGAGAAGCACCACAUCCGCAAGUUGGAUACUCUUACCACCAUCAGAAAGGUGAAAGGAUUCCGCCAAGGACAAAAGGUCAAACUUGCUGGACGUGCGGAAUGCGCCUUCAACGUUUUGGAGGCAUUUGUCUCAGCAGUGGGUAUGGGUGAUGACAUCAAUGCCAUCAUUCGCACUUGCCCUGCACCUCGUGACGGUGAGUCUGAGUUGGCUUGCCAGGUGAACGGUGCCAUCCUGGGUGCUUGGGUAGGAAACCUUGCUACAAAGCUGGCCUUGGCAACUUCCAAUUGUGCCCUGAGCAUCAACGUGGAUGCCAUUUGCUCUGCUGGCAUCACAGGCUUGGUGUCAGGCUUGGGAGAGAUUGCAGCUGGAGCUUCUUUGGGUGCGGCCACAUGUACCGCAACUCCGCCACAGUUGACCACCACCAAGAUCAGUGUCCUGGGAGAUCAGACUGUCCGAGAUGGCCGACGAUUGUUGAUCGGAGAAGGCACUGUCGGCAACGGUGUGCAGUGUGGUGUAGAUGUGGGCAUGGUGGCAGCCAACAUUGCAAACAUGGGUAUUGCCAUCAACAAGGCCGUGAAUGUGAACAAGUGCAAAGCAAGCACCUUCCGUUCACCAUUGAACGUGGUCAAGGGCCUCCAAGAGUCACUUUGCACCGUCGACAUUGGUGGUGCUGUGGCCUACAUCGGUCAGGUUGUUACCUUCAUCAAUCUCAUUGUGCUUCAUUGCCAGGACUACAUGGCUGAGUUCACCAGAGCUGAACGACGCCUUCAAUUGACACACAGCAUCACCUUGCCUGAGAAGGUGAAAGCCUGGUGGUUCCUGCGCAAAAGUGGAAUCACAAAGGAGCAAAGACAGCUGAUCCUGACUCACAUUGGAACGGCUGGAUUGACCUUAGAAGAAGUUCAAAAGGCUAUGAGCUUCAUCCUUGGCCAAGGCUCCAAGCUCGAGCCUUCCACUGCCUCCCGAUGGGGUAAGGUCAACAAGAUCUACUACGGCGAAGAUGAUGAUGGUUGGGACUAUGAGGCUGAGUAUGACGACUCAGUCCACUACAUGGAUGAAGAUGACAUUGAUGAUGUUGCCUGGGCUGAUGACGGCCAGGACUACUACGAUGAUGGUGCAUCUGCCGCUGUCUCCAACCACGAUCAGGUGUUCGAUGUGGAAGAGUUCGAUGAGGUCUACGCCAACUAUGCUGAAGCACGUGGCAAGCUGAAUGCUCUCAGGUGCAUCCUCCUGCCAAUGUUUCUUGGUGGUCGACGCAUCGACGUGCUGACCUACGUGAUCCAAGGUGCUGCUCCGAUUUUGGUUGGACGCCCCCUGCUGGAGAAACUUGGUCUCACUGUGGACUACAACAAGCAGCUGAUGCGAUGGCCCAACCAAAACUGGGAAACUGCCCCACGUGGUCUAAAGGGUGAGUACAUCCUACAUCUUGGACGAGAUCUGCCUGCUUGCCGCCAACGAGAACCUGACAUGGUCCUCAUGCCUGAAGACUUCGAUGACCACAUUGGUCAACAGGUCCCAAUACAAACGUUUUUGAAGGAAAGCACCGAGGAUGUCAUGACUGCAGCCGACAUCGCCGACAAGGAGAUGUCACAACACCACGACGAUGCGAAACAGUGCAAUACACAUCCUGCAGAGGAUGGAAUGGACCAUGAGACUGAAGAGCCCUAUGGUCGCGUGAUGCGAUUGCAACACCAUGUGCUGCGCAAGAUGGAAACCAAUCUGAAGCUGAAGGCUCAGAAUCUUGGCAAGAUCCUCUAUGCUAGCAAGAGCCUCGACAAGAGCACCCACAAGCCACAUGUGAUUUGGGAAGUGUUUGUUGGUGCUUGCCGCACAUCCCAUUACCUCACAAAGUAUGACAACGUGCUUGUGGAGGUCUUCUCUUUGUGCACUGGCUGGGACUUCAACUUCGAGAAAGCUGCUGAUCGCAAACGAGCUGACUUGUGCCAACACCGCAGAACACUUGAGCUCUACAUGGAUGGAAAGGGCGAACGCACCAAGAAGACUUUGCUUGAAGCUGCCAUCUACUGCCCUGGCCAGAUCAACAACCUGAGCUACACCAACGGCUACACGCCGGGCCAGUGGGUUCUUGGAAGAUCUUCUGCUGAUGCUCGCAGCUUGACAGCUGACCUCUUCAACCUUGGCGCUGUUUCCAUGACUGACCACACUGACUUCAGUCAUGUGCAGCAGAAGCGACUUGCAGCUCAAACGGCAUUUCUGAAAGCCGACACUGAUCUCAGACUACGCCGUGCCAUGAUGCAGAACUACAAGGAAGUCAAGAACAAGGUGGUAGUAGGUCAACAAUGCUACUACUGGAGACUGCAAGGCACUGGCAUCCUCCAAAAGAACAAAUGGCGACGUCCCUGUCGCUGCGUUUCUACGGAGUUGGAUGACAAUGGAAACCAACUGGUGCUUUGGAUUUGUCAUGGCACUUCACUUCUUCGAUGCGAGAAGAAGGCCUUCAUGAUCCUCAACAAGCUGCAGCAGAUGGCCAACAAAGUGAACAAUAAGAGCCCAGCAUCGCCCCUGACGAUAUUGCUGCUGAAAACAUGGACACUGACGGUCCCUCACUGCUCUAUCAACAUCGACGACGAGAUGCUGAAGAGGCUGGACUUGAACCUCCUGAACCAAGUUCACAACGACCGAGAUUGGACUCUGUUGCUGAGCCUGAGCCUGGCCCUGCAGAAAGCCAAACCCGGUGACAACGAGCUCAUUGUAGACGAGGCCUAUGUCGCUGAGAUUGACGACAAGUCGUUCCCGAAAGAUUGGGUCUUGGUUGAUGGUGACUUUGAGCUGGACGAGGUCUAUCUGACCAACCUUGGAGUUCGGAAGAACGAAGCCUCCGAACGAGCCAUGACUCUGGCGGAAAAGGAGCAAAUGAUUGAGGCCAAGCAGAAGGAGCCCACCUCCUACUUUGCCAACAAGAUUUGGACUUUUACCGAGAUUGGCAAGAACGACAACCAGCUUCUCUCCAGCGACGAGCAAAAGCCCGUUUGGUUCUCAGAGGAUUUGAAGAUCCCGACCUUUUCAACCCGGAGAAGACAUCGCCAACGGCAUCAAAAUCUUCCAAGAUGUUGCUGCUUGCACUGGUGCCCAAUUUUUGGAUGGACUUUGUUUUGCGGCGAUGUGCGCUGUGCAUUUCUCUCGGGAGCUGAGUUCAAACGCAACAUCAUUGUCAAGCUCCCACGUGAUUGCAGUGCUCUACUUGGUUGCCAAGGCGUCACCUACAUGAAAAUGAACAAGUCUGCCUAUGGCCUGAGCGAUGCACCGCUCUUAUGGUGGCGUGAAGCCGACCGGCGACUGAGAAGCACUGGACUGAAACGACACAGGCUUGACAAGUGCUGCUACAUGUUCUACAACAAGGAUGGUGCCCUUUGCGCGAUGCUCAUUCUACAUGUGGACGACUUGCUUCUGGGAGCCAACAUGAAUGACCCUGAAGCUGAAUCCUUGAUCCAACGUCUUCGCGCUUGCUUUGACUUUGGCAAGUGGCAAAGCCUUGACGCUGACAAGCAACUUGUUUACUGUGGUGGCCACAUCACCAAAAUUGAGGAUAACCUCUCAUUGGACUGUGAAACCUACCUCAAGAAAGUGCUGCCAAUCACAGUUGCGAAAGGCCGUGGAAAAGACCAACCACUAGCACCUCAAGAGACUUCAAAGGCACGUGGCCUGAUUGGUGCGCUUCAAUGGCCUGCCGGCCAAGCUUGCUUGCAGCUCAACGCCUCAACUUCAAUCAUUGCAGCCAACAUCAACAAAGGCACUGUGGAUUUGCUUCACGAGCUCAACAAGACGCUCCGGUUUGCAAAGAACUCAGCAGAUCUCCGACUGACAAUGCGUCCAGUCUGUGGAGAUUGGAGCGAAAUGUGCCUUCUAUGUUUUUCAGAUGCUGCAGUGCAAGUUCGAGCUGGCUCUAGCUCUCAAGGUGGUUUUGUCAUCAGUUUGAUCAACACCAAGGUCUUGGAAGGCAAAUCUGCGCCCUACUCCAUUGUAGCCUGGCGAUCCUACAAGCUGCCCAAAGUUUGCAGAUCGAGUUUGAGCGCCGAAGCUCAAUCCUGCGCCACGGCCUUGGAUGAACUCAUGAUGGUCAAGACUAGCCCUUACUUGGACGGAGUCACAAAAGCCUUUGCAGCCCUGGACACCAACGAGAACUCUGAGUAUGCCAUCAACGUCAUGCCUGACAUUGCCCUGGUCAUAACUGUCCUGGCGGUCCUUGCGGGCUUCUAUGUGAUCCUUUGCAAGUGGUGGUGCCGCUGUAGACGGAAUCAAGCUGAAGCUGAUGCAACAACUCUAGCUGAUGCAACAACUCAAGUUGAUGCAACGACUCAAGCCGAUGUAACAGCCGAUGCCGAGACCAAUCCAGCCAUCAUUGCCCUCAACCAGCAGAUUGAUCAGCUGAAGAUCACGGAUGAUUCGAACUACAGGAUCUACGCUCUUGGCGUGGAGAUGGAUGAGCAGAAAGCAUCCUACGAGCGACAGCUGGAAUGGACGGAAGCUGAGAUGGUGGUCUGGCGUGAUCAGUCACAGACAGCCAACGCAGAAAGGAACGAGGCCCAACUGCAACGAGAUCAUCAUCGACGAAGAGCCAGAACGCUGAUGAAUUGGCCCUGCUGGUUCACACGACAUGGUGACAAAUGGCACACCCACAGGGAGUGCCAAAGCCUAACACAGAGCGAACCACAAGUGAGAGAGAUGAUGUGUAGGUACUGUGCCCAAAGGGCAAUAGACGAAACUGGCGGACUGCCGGGUGGGACAUCGCAGCCCAAACGGCUACGCCAUAAG